CUAGGUGGCUACAGCUGUUCGGUUUGACAGCGCGAGCGCACAUGGUUCGACUGCUGUAUUAUAAAUUCUCAUUAAUCGUAACGUAAUUUAUAGGCAACAUGAUUGAAAAUCGUUUCCGACGAAACAGUCGAUACAAAAUACUUUUCAAGUGUUAACGACCUUGCAGCUUGCAUGAAACAAUGUCCUAUUUAACAUCGAUGUACUUUUAUCGGAGAGCGUUAACCCAAAUGAAAAGUUGUUAAGGGAAUUGUUACUUAAUAAAAGAAGUAAAACAUUAUCAUGUGGGUGUUUGGUUAUGGCUCAUUGAUAUGGAAAGCAGACUUUCCAUACUCCGAAGUCUGCGUCGGUCACAUCAAGGGAUACGUUAGGAGAUUUUAUCAGAAGAGUACGGACCAUAGAGGAAUACCGAGUAGACCCGGUCGCGUCGUCACGUUACUUUCUUCUGAUAAUCCGAACGACCAGGUGUGGGGAGUUGCUUAUAAGAUACCGCCGGACAACAUAGAAAAUGUUAUUAAACAUUUAGACUACAGAGAAAAAGGCGGUUACGAAAGGAAAAGUGUCCUCUUUUAUCCAUCGUACUCGACCAAUGACAUCGAAUCGCAUUCGUUCCCGAACGGUUACCGUAUAUUAUCCAACUCUGAGCGCAGACCAUUUUACAUUACAAUUUACAUAGGUGGAGAAGAUAAUCCAAAUUAUGCAGGCAUAGAAAAUAUACACAUGAUAGCACAACAUAUAGUAGAAUCUUGUGGUCCUAGUGGGUCUAACACGGAAUAUUUAUACAAACUGGCAUCUGCUAUGCGAGUUAUAGCUCCAGAUGUAAACGACGAACACCUCUAUACAUUAGAGAAAAUUGUAAAGACGUUGGAGCGCGAGAAAGAAGAACAAGAUAAAAAUGAGUAAAAAUUGUACAUGCUAAUGAAAGUAUAAAAGACCGUAUUUAAUCUCAUUUAUAGAUUAUUACAAUACGCAUCUGUGCAGAUGGAUAUUAAAUUACCUAAACUUUAGACUCUUACCGUACUCUCCUUCUUACAUGAAUUUCUGGUUCUAAACUUUGGGGUACUUAGAUAUCUUUCGACAUCGCAGACGAAAUCUCUACUCUCUUGUAUACCAUUUUUGAAGAGUAAUGGAAUAAAAUAAUGUAAGGAGAUA